CGGCGCCCUGUGUUUCUGUAACCGGCCAUACUUAUGCGGACGGAGAUCGGGAGAACCGACGCCGGAUCCAGUAAUGUAGCAGCCGGGUGAUUAAGCGAAGACUCCGCUUAUUCGACGUGAUCGCCUUUGCUGGUUGGCACGCCGCAAUAGCGGGAUUGUUAGGGAAGCUAACUGCGUCGCAUUCAUUCCUCUCGGCUUGUUAUCUGGAUACGAACGUCAGAGGAUAGGUCCCGGUGACGAUGGUGGAGCAGUCGGACCAUGCUCCGCUGCUCGACUGGGAGGAGGUUCCGUCGGGGGAGCCGCCGACUUUGGCUCCCCGGCAGAGGGAUGAGUCCGAAGCAGGUCCCGCUAACUGCAGGUCUGUGGGCAGUACCGCUCCUGGCGCCGGCUGGACUACGAGCUCCGGGGAUACGGCGCCUGUCCCGGGUGUCGGUGGCGGGGAGGCAACCACCUGUGCAGGCUCCGUGUAUAACGGAUCGGGAUGGGAAUUUAAAUACCCUGCUAAGGGAGAUGGCGCGCUUUCUGCGUGGGGAGAGGUGUCCGACAAAGAGCGCAGACUGUCUGAGUGGGAGGAAAAGGACCAAAUCGUGGCUGUUUUUGUGGUAACCUUUGAUACACGCUCAGGGAACAUGGUGGAGUGGUGUUUGCCUCCGGAUGUGAACCUGGAAGGGGUGGAGUUCAAGUCGAUGGCCAGCGGCUCCCAUCGAAUCGCCAAUGACUUCAUAUAUUUCAGGAAGGGCUGCUUCUUUGGCCUGGCGUGUUUUGCCAACAUGCCCGUGGAGAGCGAGCUAGAGAGAGGCGCGCGUAUGAAGUCUGUGGGCAUCCUGACUCCGUCCUACACCCUACUGUAUCGUUACAUGCAUUUCCUGGAGAACCAGGUCAGACAUCAGCUUCAGUGUCCGGGACAGUACUCGCCUCUGGAGGCCUUCUACGAGGACAAGAAGGCGGUGCUGCCGCUGGGGGGGAACGGCCUGGUCACUACCUGUCCUACCAGCACCUCCACUGCGCCCCCACAUGGUCGCUGUUGCAUGAACCCCGAGAUGAAGAUCACACAUCCGGCUGGCUGCAUGUCCCAGUUCAUCCGUUUCUUUGGGGAGCAAAUCAUGGUGCUGUGGAAGUUCUCCCUGCUUCGGAAACGCAUCGUCAUUUUCUCGCCCCCCCCUGUAGGAGUGGUGUGCUACAGAGUGUACUGCUGCUGUUGCCUGGCCAACGUCUCCCUCCCGCGAGUGGGGGUCUCGGUACCGGAGUUCCGCCCCUUCUUUUACAUCAACGUGGCGGACAUCGCCGCCCUGGAGACUGAGAUGUCCUACGUGGCCUGCACCACAGAGAAGAUAUUCGAGGAGAAGAAGGAGCUGUAUGAUGUUUACGUGGACAACCAGAACGUGAAGACGCACAGAGAGAGCCUGCAGCCGAUGCUAAGACUCAACCGCGCGGACCGGGAGAAGUACAGGAAGCUCACUGAGCAGAGGCAGAUGCUGUUAUACUCACAGGAAGUGGAUGGAGACUGUUCCUCCAGUGAAGAGGACCUCUUCAUCCUGUUCUUCAUGGAGCUAAACAACCGGAUCUUUCAGACGCUGUCCGAGGUGGCGAGCAGCGCAGACCCCACGCUCACGGCUGAGCACGUGCGGGCCAUGGGCCUGGACCCCCAGGGUGACCAGGGCUUUCUGGUCGACCUUCUGGAGCUCUACGGCAUCGACGCCAUGCUCGUCGUCGACAACCCCUGCUGCCACUGAGGCUGGGGGGCCACCGCCUUCAUCCUCUCUGUCCUGCCCUGGAGAUACCGCCUUUCCCUCCGGAAACUCUAAUCCUCUCCUGCAAGGUGACCCAGAACUUGGAAAGAUGCACCUUCCUGGGUGCCUGGGUGGCUCACAGACUGCUUCCCUGUGUAGCCACAGCCUCCUCUAACCAGCCCUGAGACUCGCACUUCCUGUGCCCCGAAUGUGAAGCCGUUUCACACGCAGCCUGCCUAGUAUGAACUGAGCUAAGUGCGUAGGUCUAGCGGCAAGUGCGUCUGUAGUUUGACCUGCGGUGACCUCUCUUUGGGUCCCUCCCAUAUUUGCUGAGGUGUCAGCGAGAAGAUCAGAAUAACGAGAGGGCAGCAUCAACGUUUCACCUGAUUUAAUGUGCCUCUUCCAGCUACUUGCGUCACAAGUACUGCUGACUCUGAAAGUAUAGUCUCGCUUUAUGGUUUCUUCUCGGCCAACUGAUUGUAUGGAAGUCUGGGCCAAUGGUGUGAUCCCUAUGGAUUGCUAUGGGCUUCUGGGAAUUGUAGUCUAGUUUCAGUUGUCUUACUGUGUGAGAUUUUCAACUUGUCCCUGUGACCAAACCAAAUUCACAGCUGCAUGUUUUUCUAGCCCCCCUCCACCUUCGGUACGCACCUGAAAUCGUUAUUUUAAGACUCAUUUUUAAACUAAUUUUCCGCUUUUUUGGUGACAUCUCUGUGUGCUGGGGGGGGGGUGGGGGGGUGUUUUCCGCUUCUUGAUGUGAACCGUUUGCACAAACCGCAGCAGCAAAUCGCCCUCGUGACCUCAGCUCAUCCUUCGUACGAAGUAGCCUUUCUUCAAAAACAGAAAACAGGUUCUUCAUUCCUCUCUCCAGAGGAGCGUACAGGAGCGCCCGCCAGCUGAAGAGUGUUAAAAGAGGAAUAUUCUGUUUCUCUGAGAGGGCCUGCCAUGAUCUGGGAAGACGGCAGCAGAGAAGUGCCUGUCGGGAACAGGAAUUGGUGAAAGUCUCGGGAAAGGUUGGGUCGUGAAAACAGAGGAAGAAGCGAAGCAGGAGUGGCCACGCGAGAUCCGAGGAGGAACGGCAGUGACUUGUGGUUGAGAGAUUCCUGUGUGUGUGUGUGUGUGUGCGCGUGCGUGCGUGCGUGCGUGUGUGCGUGUGUGUGUGCGUGCGUGCGCAGUGAGCACCCUGCCUCGGCGAGUGUAGAGAGCGGAGAGUGGCACCCCUCCAUUCGUGUACCUAUGAUACUGUCCCUCUUUUUCUGAGGAUGCUAAUAGAUGUACUUUAAGAAAGUAUUAAAUAUAUACAACUUAUUAAAUACUAGCCAUUCAAUGCUGAGGGAAGUGACUAGUGUGAAACCAGAAGCUGGAGAUGAGUGUACAGUACAGUUUUAAUUUGUAUGUUGUCAGAGACAUGGAGGUAUUAUAUGUUAUUUUUACAUAAUGACUGUAAAGAUACGUGUUUUUGCACAAUAUAUAUGUGUUAAUGUGACCCUCAAACUGCCAGUUACACUGGAUAUAACCUGACAGACGUACAGUUCAGGUCCAGAAAGCAAAAAUCCAGACCAAGAUUUUGAUUCAACCAACCAGUAUAAGAGUAUAAAGAGCCACAGUCACUGAGUACUCAAGUAGUUGGUCGUAACUAAAUCUUGAUCUGGAUUUUUGCUUUUUGGACCUGAACUGUACGUCUGUGACCUGGAAAUCGUGAGUUAAAGUGACAGGCUGAUUUAGCCCCUUGGUGAAUGUUACACCACCAGCUAUAACAUAUUUAUUGUGCUUCUAGUCUGACCAACCCUAACUGUAAUUUCUGUCGUGAAUGACCUGAAACCGCCAGCAUGUACUUGGCGUGACGUGGCGCUGUAGUCGGGGUCAGAGGUCAUCUUUGUAUGCACGGUACUUUAUAAGACUGCUUUGUUUCAUUAAAGCGUCCGACUCGCAUAUGAA